AUGCACCCCGACACGUCGCCCAACCCGGCAAGCCACCUGUACCGUCUCGGCGGCCGUGACGUCGGCGCCGCGCUCGAGAAGUGCAACCCUAAGAUCUCGGUCAAUGGCUUUUACAACUACAACGGCGGCAGCGGCAAGAUCCGCAAGUCCAUGAGGCCUGGAGACUAUGUCUGCUGUUCGUUGGGCACUAUGCCGAACAUGGACCCUAAGCAGAAGAAGACCUGGGGCUUCACCGAGUGCAAGGAGAUAAAUUAG